AUGACCAUAUAUGAGGAUGAAAUGGAUUUUAUUCGGUGGCUUUUUCGACAAUCCCCGCAUUUGCUGUACCAGUUCUUUUCGAUCCCUUUUGCCUUACUAUUUUACAUCCUGGCCAGACUGGACUGCCUCACCUUGACCCACAGAUAUGUCUACCUGAUGUCGGGGGGGUGUGUACUGGCUGCCGUCACCAUGGGCCCUUACGCCUGUCUGCUGCUGGUCCCUGCGUUCUGGGCUGUGCUGCUUUUCUGCUCCUUACGGCCCUGGAACGUCCACCCCUGGGUGCUGGGCACUCUCAUGUGCUGGCAGACCUUCUGGCAUUUCCUAAUCCAGUACCAGGAGUACUGGCUCCUGCAGCCGUCCAACACCAGGCUGCUCCUCACAAUGUCAGCCAUGAUGCUGCUCACCCAGAGGGCCACUUCUGUGUCCAUGGAUCUUCAGGAAGGCAAGGCUGUGCCGCCGACGUGCGUGGCAGGAGCGUUGCCGUAUCUCAGCUACACCCUCUACUUCCCAGGCCUGCUGGGUGGACCACUGUGCUCCUUCUCUCAGUUUGUGCGCUUUGUGGAGAAAAGUGGCAGCGUCCCCCCUCCCCCUCCAUCUCCUCUGCGGCCUGUCCUGCUCAAAUGUCUCAUGGCUUUUUCUUUGGAAUGGGCCAGACGCAUCCUCACAGGGUUCCUUGUGUCUCACCCACCGGGCCUGGCCCCCUUCUGGGCCCCCACUCAGGUGCUAUGGGUGUGGGCCAUGUCUGUGGCUCUGAGGAUGAGGUACUACUCCCACUGGGCCCUGAGUGAUGCUCUCAACAAUGCAGCCGGUUUGGGGUUCGGAGGCCACGGCCACAGCGGAGCUCCGCUCUGGGACAGCAUGUCUGACGGUGAGCCCUGGACAGUGGAGAGGUCCAGCCGGCUGUCUGAGUAUGCCCGGCGCUGGAACGGGACCACGGCUGCGUGGCUGCGCAGACUGGUGUUUCAGAGGUGCAAAGUGGCACGUCUAGCCCUGACCUUUGGGUUUUCUGCCUGGUGGCACGGCCUCCAUCCAGGCCAGGUGCUGGGCUUCUUGGUCUGGGCUGCAGCGGUGCAGGCGGAUUACCGAGUGCAUCGCCGACUGCGCCCUCUGGCAUCCUCCCCAGGGAAGAGACUGGUGUACACAUGCCUCAGCUGGGCACAAACACAGUUGGUUAUCACGUGGGUUGUGGUUGCCGUGGAGCUGCGCAACAUCUCUUCUGUGUGGUUGCUGUGUCGAUCGCGUGCGAGCUGGUUUCCUGUGCUCCACAUACUGCUGACAUUUUUCAUGAUGUGCCUGGUAUAA